AUGACGGGUUUUAAUGUUGUGGCGAAUUUCAACGCCACGGGCUGGGGUCCCGACGAGACCGAUGCGAAAACCGUGGAGUCUUGCCUCGGCGGACUCAACAAGCUUCCGCUGGAGCCAAACUUGAAGCUGGACCGCCAGAUUCGCAUAUGCGACUUCACCUUCUUGACGUACCAAAAGUCCAUCCGCGACGCUGGGCGCUUCGGCCGCCAGCAGCCGCCGGUUGUUCUGGAUGAGGAGAUGCAGUUCCAGACGGUCGACGGCAGGUCGCUGGUCAAGACGAAGACCAUGCAGCACUACCGUCGCAAGGUCGUGCCGAAGCAGACGACCCAGGCGUUCAACCAGAAGCAGAUGGAAGAGGAGGCCAUGAUAAUGUCGGCCAAGCAGAAGCACCCCGAUGUCCGCAAACAGCGUAUGAUGCACCAGCGCACCAACCGCUCCAACGCCCGCCACCACACGUUCAACGAGUGGAGCAUCGAGCCGCUUCCAAGCUGGCAGCUGCUUACGGAAAUCCCGUUCAGCCAGCUCUCGAAGUUGGACCUCCAUGGGGGCCAGGUUGUGGGUACCGACGUCAUGUGGCGUGGCAAGCUGGGCGUCUACGACAAGCGCAUGGACCACAUAUCUGCCAAGGCGGAAAUGCUGCUCCAGAUUCCCACCACGCAGUGCGACUACUACUGGACCUCCACCAACGACGACGACUGCAUCGUGGACUACUUGCUGGCGAACGGUCAAAGCGACUCUCAGGCCGACGAGGGCGCCGCUCCGGUCGCCGACAAGAUUGUUCUCGGCGCCACGGAUCAGAUAUUGUCAGUGCUCAUGACGGCUGCGCGCUCCAAGUACAGUUGGCAUCUGAACGUGACCAAGAUCGGCAACCAGAUCAUUGUGGACAAGACGAACGGCUCCAUCGUUGACAUGUUGACUGUCAACGAGACAUCGCCAGAACCUCCCAUGCCAGACGCGGAGGUGAAGAUCAACCGCCCGCCAGCACUCGGCCAUGAGGCCGUGAAGGUCAACCAGCGCAUACGCCAGCAGGUGCUUGUGCCUGGUGAGCUGACCGACGAGUUCGAGCAGCCGCCAUUUGUGGAGGAGGGCGACAACCCUUCCACAAUGGCGUACCGCUACAGGACGUUCAACAUCCCAGGCAACAACCACGGUCAGGGAUGGGAGCGCGUGCCGAUACACGUGAUCACGCGUGGUGAAAUCCAUGCGCGCGUGCAGGGAAUACCCAACGCGGGCUACACGUACGUCUGCGCCUUGAACGAGGUGCCGCACAAGACGCACAAAUCGUGGCGUACGCAGAUCGAGACUCAGAAGGGUGCGCUGCUGGCCAACGAGAUGCGCAACAACACGGCGAAAAUGCAGCGGUUCGCCGCUUGCGCCAUGAUCAGCGGAUGCGACACCUUGAAGCUGGCUUACAUCUCGCGGCGUACGCCUAGUGAUGCCGAGCACCACUCGAUUCUCGGCAUUCACACGUACACAACCGAGAACCUGGCCGUGCAGAUGGGUCUCAAUAUGCGCAACGCCUGGGCCGUGGUCCGCCUGAUAUGCGCCAUGAUCGCGUCCAAGCCAGACGGCCAGUACACUUUGGUCAAGGACCCGCUGAAGCCCAACAUUCGUCUGUACGCGGUGCCGGACGAGGAAGACGGCGAUUUCCAGGCGAAAGAGUGA